UUCCGCGAAACCCUACUAUAAAGUUUCUAGGGCUUUAACACACUCCACUCUCUGAUACAGCAGCAGCAGCAGGCAAAGACUCCUCCCGUAAGCAGGUGAAGAAUUGGAGCAGAGAAGAAAAAAUGGACGCAGGUGUAGUAGCCGCCCCAGUAGACGCAACCGCAGAGAAUAAGAUUCACAGUGAUGUUAUGCUUUUCAAUCGCUGGACCUACGACGAUGUCCAGAUCAAUGACAUCUCUGUUGAGGAUUACAUCACAGCAACUGCUUCCAAGCAUCCAGUUUAUAUGCCACACACAGCUGGUAGAUACCAGGCUAAGCGUUUCAGGAAGGCCCAGUGCCCAAUUGUUGAGAGGCUCACCAACUCUCUUAUGAUGCAUGGACGGAACAACGGAAAGAAGCUAAUGGCCGUCCGCAUCAUCAAGCACGCAAUGGAGAUCAUUCAUUUGUUGACUGACCAGAACCCAAUUCAAGUCAUUGUUGAUGCCGUCAUUAACAGUGGGCCAAGGGAAGAUGCAACUCGUAUUGGUUCAGCUGGUGUUGUGAGGCGUCAGGCUGUUGAUAUUUCUCCACUUCGCCGUGUUAACCAGGCCAUUUAUUUGCUGACAACUGGUGCACGUGAGAGUGCUUUCAGGAACAUCAAGACCAUAGCUGAGUGCCUUGCAGAUGAACUCAUCAAUGCUGCCAAGGGUUCUUCAAAUAGCUAUGCCAUUAAGAAGAAGGAUGAGAUUGAAAGAGUUGCCAAGGCCAAUCGUUGAGAGGUUGACAUUGGAACAGAAUUUACAAGGCUAUUGCAUGUGGAUUUUAAUUUCUUAAGAGUAUUUUGCUUGUUGAAACUUGAUAUGCUUGGUAUUGUUAUAGAUGUUACAAUUUGAAUUCCUUGGGGAUCUGAUUAGCAGCACCUACUAUUUCUUAUGUAUUUUAAUUUCUCAGUAUUCUCUUCUUUUAGGUAAACAGUGAAGACAUGUCCAGUAGGAUGUGCAUCUUAAUUUGGUGAUAACUAUCCUCAAUAACCAUUUGGUCAUUUCUUAAG